AUGUUCCCACACCCUUACUUCACUCACCCUGCCCAACAACGAAGAGGGUUUGCCACCCCUUCGCCUUCCUACUCCUACCCUCAUCCUCAAUCCCACCAACAAUUCAACUUCUUCCCCCAACCUUCGCCACCAACCCCGACCUACGAUUAUUCGUCGAUCGAAGAAGAGGAACGAGCCGCUCUAGCUCAUCUCCGAUCCAUCCGACGAAGAAGGGAAGAAGCUGAAGCUGCAGCUGCCCGAGAAGCAGCCAUCGCGAGAGAAGCCGCCGCUCGAGUUGAAAGAGAAGCAGCCAUACGAACCGAAUUAGCAAGACUCGAACGACAACGACAGAUCGCCCAAGCUAUCAGAGCUCAACAACAAGCCGAGGAGGAAAGGCGAAAAAGAGCAUAUUUAGAAGCGAUUGAGAGAAAGAGGGCCGAGUUGCUCAACGCUCAAUUGGCCGCUCAAGCUCGACGACAAGCUGCCAUCGCUGCUGGUCAAGCUAGAAGAGACGAAGCGGAAGCUAGAAGGAGAGCUUGUACUCAAGCUAGAUGCCAAAGAAGGUUAGUUGAACCUUCUCCCUCUCCUUCCUGUUGCUGUCAUAAUCAGGUUAUCGCCGGUCAGCAGAAUCAGAAUCCAAAUACUGAUAUCUGCUGCGUCGAUAGAUCUCCUCCUGCUGCCGUCCCUACCACUUCGAGAUCGUCCACUCCUUCCGCUGAGAGGAAUGAGUGGCAAGAGUUGAACAACAUCUUUGGUCCUCUAUUCGGCCUCCACCUUGUUCCUGACGCCGAGUUUCCGCCCCUCACCACCGCUGAGACCACUUUUCAACCACGAUCGGCUCCAGAGCAACCUAAGCCAGAAGCUCAACAAUCAGCUCCAGCACCAUCUGCUCCUGCGAGUACCGAGAAGAAGGACAAGAAAGAAUUCCCCGAAGAUAUCAACAAACUUCUCUCACAAUUCCUUGGUCUUCGAGUCGACCCAAUUUCUGAAUCUGAAUCAUCGUCUUCGACUAAUAACGCCAAAGCGAAGGACAAUGGUACUCCAGAAGGUCUCAACGGGCUCCUCGGCCAAUUCGGUUUAGUCUUCGAACCUGAGGCUUCGGAGACAGAAGAGAAGAAGGAUGAUACCCCUACUCCUGCUGCACCUGAAAAGAAGAAAUCCACUCCUGUCCCUUCGACCUCUUUCAACGUCGCUCAACGAUCUACCGUCGCCACUGAAAAAGAGGAAGAGACUCCUGCUCAAAAGGAAGUACCACCAUUCACUUCUCUUCUCGAUCAAUUCACCGACGUCAACCCAUUCUUACGAGAUCUACUUGGUAAUUUCGAACAUGCCUUAACUGAGGAAUUGACCAAGAAGAAUAAGACUGGUUCUAAGGAUUGUCAAGGUACUUGUGAAAACCGGUGUGCUCAAUCUUGCGGGGAAGCUUGUGCGACUGAACCUGCGAAGAAGUAUAAAGGAAAAGCGAGGGCUGAAGGCGAGAGAAAGGAAGGAUCCAAACCUGUCCCUGCUCCUACCCCUGCUUCUGUCCCUGUAUCUACCCCUGCUACUGUUGACUCGACCGACUCGACCAAUUCUUCCUCUUCUAUCACCGCACUUGACUCCAUCGAAUCUCAACUUGAAUCUCUCCGAUCGUCAUUCACUUUCCCCCCUAGACUGUCUUUCGCUCAUUCCACUUCCGAAACGGUCUCUCCUCCAUUAUUAUUCAACAAGACCAACUCGGCUUACCAUACCCAAGCCAACUCUUACCUCCAACUUCUACUCAAAGCGGAUGGUAUCAGCUCCAAUGGUGAUAAAGAGAUCCGAAAGAGGCGAAAAGAGUUGGUAAGAAAGGUUGAGCAGGAGAUUGAACAGUUGGAAAAGCAGAAAGAUGAAAUUUGGAAAUCAGUCAAAGCUAAGAGGGAUAACGGUGAAGAAUCGGAACCUGAUGAAGUAGAUGAGAGAUCUUGGUCUGGAUCGGAAACUACCAGUGUUAUUGGUGAUAACGAACAUCUACAACAAGAUCAAAAUUAUGAACAUGAACAUGAGAUCGAACAUGUGGAAAAUAAGGAGGAGGAGAAUGAACAUAAGUCAUAUGCUGAAGUAGCCAAACCCAACGCUGGAAAUACCUCGGAUAAUCAGAAUAAAGAGGAAGCUGUUCCUCCAGUUGAAGGCACUGCCUCUACCAUCGAACAACCUUUCACCCCUCAUGGUCAAUCCGAUGUUCAGCCUGAGACUUCUGCCAACGAUGCUCAACCCGAAAGUACUCCUGCUACCGAUGAUCAAUCCAAAGAAGAGAUCGAAGGAUACACCAUCUCCGUUACUUUUCCUACCGAAGUCGAACCAGCCCAAGAACAAUCUUCAGCUCCCGAACCUGAAGAGAAAAAGGACAACGUCGAAGUUGAAGAGAAGAAAGAGGUCGAGGCUGAGACUGAGACUCAGUCUAAGAGAGGAGUGACUGAAGAAGAUAAACGAUCGGACAAGUCAGCUAGGGUUGAGACCGAGGAAGAAGGAUACGAGUUGGUGUAA